GUCGGGUUACGUGUGUACACUGUACGUGUACACUGUACGUGUACACCUCUCAGACAACCGUACGGUAUCAACAGAAAGGUGGCCAGUGCUGUGUCGAUCGAGUAGAAAAACAAACAGUUCACUUCAACCACUCUUCAUGUCUAGUGUAAAUUAUAUUUUAUCGACUGUAACACGGAUUACGGUAAUCUCGCUUCAUUAAAAUCCGGAUUAGGUACGUGGAGUUAUGUAAUAUGUGGUCUUGUGAUUGAAUACUGAAGUCAACUUAGGCUAACGUCUGGCUGUCGUCUGAUCCUGUACUUGAUUUACAGAUUAUGUUUUACAUUGGAUGACCAACAAACCAAGGAUUCAAGUUGUUAACAGACACAGAGAGAGGCGACAUGUAGCCCACAUAACCAUUCACAAAACUAAGGCGGAUGAAACGUGCGUAGUGAUAUGGAACUACUUUUACAAGCUGAGGUGUAAGCGCUCAUAGGCAGCAAGUAGAUGGGGCUAUCCAAGAAGUUGGGGGCAGUGGCGGCACCAAAAGUUGACAGUGUGGUGCCGUACAAAUGGAGCACACAGACCUACACGGUGCAGGAAAUCCUUCACAAGUUUAAACUACCGUGUGUUGUGCAGUGUGCUACAGAAUCCUGCACUGUCGUCUGGUCCGACUUCCAGUUUGACAUGAGACAGCCGCUGUUGUUCCACAGCAGACGAUCAGUGCAGAAGGUGCACGCGGUCAGUCUGAGGGAGGACAGCAAGGAGGGGCUGGUGGAGCUGGGGCCACCUCUGGCCAUACCUGUGGACUACGAAGGCUGGUUCGGGGCGUCCCCCAAAGGUUUAACCAAAGUCAAGCGACACCUGCGGAUUGAAAGCGUGGCCAAGUCCACAGCUCUACGCAUCCUGGUCACAACCAAAUGCCCCGCCUUCACCUCCUGCAGACGAUCCGAUGGCAGCUUUGAUUACGUGCCCCAUGACGUCACGCCGGGGGAGGUUCUCAAACGGGUGUGUGUGAUGGAGAAGGACCCUAGCAACCCCGACCUCCCGGACAUCGUCAGGCAGCACGGGUCGUGCAUGGAGUUUUUGGACGAGAAGGACGAGGACGUGGUCAUCCCCUUCAACCACCGCGCUAUCUGCUACGAGAUCGCCGAGGUGUAUCCCGACUCGGAUGAACGAGUUUUCCAAAUCUCGGCCCCCGUCGCGGCGGGGAACUCUAAACUUCCUCGGAUAUUUCAGCUGGUGCACGGCGACCCGCCGACCCUCGCCUACACCUUCACUGGAGCCAUGAGGUGCUACAGCAUCUUCACGGAGGAGACGGUUCUAGCCGCGACUCUGGACGACCCCAAAUCUCUGUGUCUGGAAGUGGCUACCGACUCCGUCACCAAAUUCAGGCUGGGACUAAACGAAUCCGCCAUUAAAAAAACCUGUGAGUACACAAACGCGCUGCAGCUUUGUCAAUCGCAGGGAAGUAAAUUCCUCUCUAAUAUAAAAGUGACGUUUUCGAUCAAACCGGAAAUGACCGUGUCUGAAGACAUGUCUUCCUACGAAAGUCUCAGCGACAUGGCAGAAGUCAACGCCAACUCCGAGUUCGAGAUAGCGUGGGGAAGUGUGGAAAAAUCGAAACUUUUAAAAUCCUCAACCGCGGCGUGUGACGAAUUUGCUUUUGUAAACAAAGCACUUGAGACGCCGCCACCUGAGGUACAAACAGAAGGUCUAAACAAUGCAGAAAGCAGGGAAGACGUGGAUUAUAGUGAUGCCCUUUCUGAAGAUACUUUAGACAAUGAGGAUCUACAAGACGGAUACAAUGAAAUCGAUGACAAAGAUUCUGUAGAUUUUGAAGAAACAGAAAUUCCCGAUUCUGAUAUCAAACCAGGUGUACCACAAACUACAGACAAUCCGCUUUAUUAUUUCAUGCAGAGAAAUCCCGACAAAAACGACCGAACCGACAAAAACGACCGAACCGACAAAAACGACCGAACCGACAUAAAGCUUUUAACAGAGGAAUCAGGCCAGUCUCUACAAGCCUCGGCAUGCUGCACCGACAAAACAAAGGAUAAAAAUCCUUUUCUUCAUCUAUUCGAACCUUUAAAGCUCAUUGAAGACAAAAAGUUAAACCCAGUGGUAAAUCAGAGCAGUAAAUCAACGUGUGACGUGCCAAAUUUAGAUUCAGAAGGAAGCGGAAGCGAGAGUAUGAAACUAGAACUUGAACGGGAGUUGUCGAACAUGAGCGAGGCGAGUGAAUACAAGCGGGCAGUGUGCAGGCCAGCGAUGGAGUACAACGACUCCGAUGACUCUGAAGACAUUGACUCCUCGACUUCUGAGACUGGCGACGCCACAUCGGUCAGCAGCGUCUUGGGGAGAAAACUGCUGGACGGUAUCACCGCACUGGACGUGACGUCACAGCUGUAUCUCUCUGAGGAAAGAGAUCACGGGAGUCUCGUGCGAGACCACACAGGAGCUAACGCCCCUGAAGACGACAUCUUUUACGACUCUGACUCCGGGUCGGAGUCACAAGCUGUUGACGAUCUUCUGUCCAUCGCGGAGAUUGAGUCUAUCAAGCUGUCAGCGUCGACUCAUGAUUUACAGGAAACAGGUGAAGAUGAACUUCAGGUGACAGCUGGAGUAGACAUCGAAGUUCCGGGGGAGUCGGAAAAACAACACUCUGAUGAGGCCGUCAGCCGAUUAAAUUGUUUGAUCGAGGAGGUGACAGCACUCGUCAACUCCUCCAGCAACAGGAUCAUAGACGAGAGACGCAGUCCCCGCGUCAUGCAUUCACGACUCAGGGCGCCCCAGCCCGACACGACAAACGCCACACCCCAUUACGAGAACAUCGUGUUUUUUAACACUAAGGAAGAUUUGUCAAAGACACCACAAAACAUGACGACGCCUGGAUCUCCAGUUCUGGCAAAUUCGUUAAAUAUUCAGGAAAAUCAAGUUCAAAAUUCAAAACUGUCUCCAUCUCCAUCAUUUAAAAACUCUCAAAUUCUGUACGAUGAAAACAUUUCGUUUGUUAAAACAUUAGAGGUGGAGGAUACUAACGCCAGUGAUGUGACACAUUCUAAUGGCGGAGUAAUACACUCGAAAAAUACAACCCUGGCCGAUUUUGAUGGCGUUCUUCAAAGUUCCGGCGUGGAUUCGAACCUUAUGCCUGUUGGCCAGGACCAGGUUGUCGACACGCCGGUCCCAUUCAUCAAAAACUGCUUCUCCGACUCCAAUGUGACCAGUAUACCAUACUCGGAAAACGAGGACUUUUUUUCAUCGCGGAGGAUUACACCCUUCCCUCACAGACACCCACACAACCGCGGAGGACAGUUUAGCGGCAACGUCAUCCCAUUACGGAGCGUCGUUAGUGACGGGAGCGACCAAACGCUGAACAUACAAACAAAAGAUUCGUUUCUUCGCGGAAAAGUGUACAAGUCCGUACAAAACUUGGAGCGGCUUAUUUCACCAGCAAGCAGCCUCACCAGUUUUAGCUCCGCAGAUAAAUCGGAAAUCCCCGCACAGAUCAACUCCUACGCCGAAUUCGGCGAUAGCGAUUCGGAAAACUCCGAUGAAUAUUUUCAGCUGACUAGGGCUACAUCGGAGUCUGAAUAUUCGCAACAAGAGACCGAAGGGGAGAGUGACGCCAGGGAUGAGUCGGGUGACUCCGACAUCUUCGUGACUGACGAGCGUCUGCUGUUUUCCAAAAGCGGGAAAAUGAAGGUGCCGUUGAAAAACUCUCUGGUCAACUGCUUCCCGUUUAACAACAUAGAGGAGUAUCAAGACGAAGAUUAUGUGUAGCAGGAAAUGUGCAGCAGGAAAUGUGUAGCAGGAAAUGUGUAGCAGGAAAUGUGCAGCAGGAAAUGUGCAGCAGGAAAUGUGCAGCAGGAAAUGUGCAGCAGGAAAUGUGUAGCAGGAAAUGUGUAGCAGGAAAUGUGUAGCAGGAAAUGUGCAGCAGGAAAUGUGCAGCAGGAAAUGUGUAGCAGGAAAUGUGUAGCAGGAAAUGUGCAGCAGGAAAUGUGUAGCAGGAAAUGUGUAGCGGGAAAUGUGCAGCAGGAAAUGUGUAGCAGGAAAUGUGUAGCAGGAAAUGUGUAGCAGGAAAUGUGUAGCAGGAAAUGUGUAGCAGGAAAUGUGCAGCAGGAAAUGUGCAGCAGGAAAUGUGUAGCAGGAAAACAAUUGGAAAUAACGAUAACAGUGCUAUUUCUUCAACAUGCUUACAUUGUUCUGUAAUUAACACAUGCUUUGUUUAAUUAGCGACGUCAUUUGGUCAGGUAUCUCC